AGCCCGAGCCCCCUUCCUAAAGCCGCUGUGAGCGAAGCGAAUGCUAGAGCGGCUUGUUGACAAUAAUGUAUAUAAGCCUAAGAAGUGUGUACCCCAUUUGCCAUUCCAUUCUAAUUCUUUUAUGAUGCCUGAACCCGGGCAAAUGAUAAUCCAGCUUUUGAUCAACCAAAAACAAGUUAUCACCACGUGACCGAGCGCGAUAAGAUGGAUGCAUAUAGUCCUGUCGAUUACUCUUCUUUGUUCUGACACCUACCACACCCUACGUUAUACAGGAUUUGACAGGGGGAGAGAUACUACAAUGGCAGUGGUACAGGCGGAAGUUUUCUAUCCAGGCGCUGUGCCUGAUUCUCUGGCCACCGUUUUCGCGCAAAAUGAAGCGACUGGCCUUGAGGGCAUUCCAAACAAACGUCGCAAGGUAACACCAUCGGGACCUAAGAGUCUUCGAUUCGAAAAUGGAGUUACUGACACGGGAAUCCCUCGUGGCUAUAUUCCUCUGGCACGCUUUAAUCUCCGCGUGAAAUUUGCAGAGGCAAACCCUGCCCUAGGGGAACCUUCAAGCAGCGCCACUGAUUUAUCUGAUCCCCUACCUGUCCUUCUGGACGGUACCAAAAACAUUCGAGAUUCUUCUUCCCGCUACCCAAGCCACUCAGUUGAUACUACUCCAUAUGAUCGCUUCAACCUGGAGCUAGGUAUAUUGCCAAAGAGAAAUGUCAUACUCAGUGAAAGAUCUACAGAUCCAGAAAUAAUAGAAUUUGGCAACAAUCUUGGAUUCGCCCAACGAUUUGUAUGCGCUGAUCGCUAUCACGCCAGGGUCCCGCCAGUGUGUCAUCAGGCUACUCUCUAUCUCCUAUCGGAUAAUAAAUCCUUCCACUUGGAAACUGUCAUUCUAUGGCAGGAUUCAUUGGAAAUCCCAAGUUUCAACAAACUAGAUCUGAACGUCUUGAUUUUAUUCUCAAGAUACGUGCUGCAGGAGCCAGAAAAGAAUCUGAGGUAUCAUCUUCCUCGUAGCCAACGAUAUGAAUAUCUGAGAACACCUGAGAAGUACUGGUCGCCUCGAGAUUUCUAUGAUAACGUCCAUGUCCCACAUGAUACAUCUCGUUCAUCGGCGCAGAUAAAGUGCGAUACCAUUAAAUGUCAACUCUAUCCUUUCCAAAGAAGAGCGGUCAGGUGGCUCUUGCAAAGAGAGAACAUGGAAAUCCAACCGGAUGGAAGAGUAAUACCGGUUGAAAGAAGACUGGAUGAUCGUCUCCCUGUGUCUUUCCAACGGUUCACGGAUGCAGAUGGGCGAGUGUAUUUUGCGAGCCAUCUUUUUUUGGUCAUCGCUACUGAUAUAUCCGGCUGGUAUGAUGCAGAGAAAUCUCUGAAGGGUGGAAUUCUUGCCGAAGAAAUGGGACUGGGUAAGACCGUCGAAAUGAUCAGCUUGAUAUCUUUGAACCGUCGAUCACUCUUGUUGGAAGCCCAGGAUCCAGGUAUCGAUAGCGAUGGCUCGAAUCCGAGGCCAUCAGGCGCAACAUUGAUAAUUACGCCACCUGCGAUCCUCGAGCAAUGGAAGCAAGAAUUUGAGCUACACGCACCAGGACUCCAUGUAUUACACUAUACCGGCAUCCAGCGUCACCAGGAACUAUCGGACGAAAAGCUUAUCGAGCUGCUUGCUAAUUACGACGUUGUGCUCACUACAUAUAAUGUAAUCUCGCGGGAGAUCCACUAUGCCAGCGAUGCCCCGAAGCGGAAUUUGCGCCACGAAAAGAGGUUUGAGGCCCGGAAGACGCCUCUUGUUCGAAUAUCGUGGUGGCGAGUCUGUCUCGAUGAAGCUCAGAUGAUUGAAAAUGGUGUUAGUAAUGCGGCGAAGGUUGCUCGCCUGAUUCCCCGUCAAAUUUCGUGGGCCGUUACCGGGACGCCUCUUCGCAAAGAUAUUAGUGACCUCUAUGGCCUUUUACUAUUCCUCCACUGCUGGCCACUUUGUGAUGCUUGGGAGAGGCUAUGUGGAUUUUCGUCCGUAUUGUCACACAUUGUCAAUACCAUUGCACUUCGACAUAGCAAAGACCAUGUUCGCAGCGAACUCAGCCUCCCACCCCAGAAGAGAGUAGUCAUUACUGUUCCAUUUAACGCGGUUGAAGAACAACACUAUGCACAGUUGCACGAAGAAAUGUCUGCGGACUGUGGCCUUGAUAUUUCAGGUGCACCACUCAUUCCUAACUGGAAACCAAAUGACGCCAUUACCGAGAAGAUGCGAAUCUGGCUAACGCGACUUCGUCAGACCUGCCUACACCCUGAAGUUUCCGGAAGCAAUCGUCGAGCCCUAGGCACUGGAGACGGUCCGCUACGCUCUGUGGCUGAAGUUCUGGAAGUAAUGAUUGAUCAAAAUGACACACUCAUACGCACUGAAGAGCGUGCCCUUCUGCUUUCACAACUAAGACGGGGUCAACUACUAGAAAAUGCCACUCGUGGCCGAGAAGCUCUCGCUUUGUGGAUGGCUUCGUUAGAGCGCGCUAGUGAAAUCGUUAAAGAAUGUCGAAGCCAGCUGCGUAAAGAGCGCACUCAGCAACGAAUGGCUGCCACUGGAUCGGACCAAGACACAGCGUCAGUCGACAGUAGUGGCUAUAAUGAUGUCGAAGAACCGGACAAAAAUAGUCGCAUAGGGACAUACCGUCAGAGACUACGCGCUGCUCUUGAGAUUGAACACAUUUGUAUAUUCUUUACGGGAAACGCAUAUUAUCAGAUUAAAACUGACUCGGAACUUACUGCUCCUGGCUCGGAAGAAUUCAAAGCCCUUGAAAAACGUGAAGAGGAGGCGUACGAAGCCGCAAAAUUGAUUCGAAAAGAGAUGUUAGCCGAAAUUUCUCAGAAGGUUGACCGGUAUAUGAUGGCUAUUAAGAACAAAGACCAAAGAAAAGAAUUCGUGCACAUUCCUCUGAUAAAAACUCAUCUUUACAAUAAAGGUCUCGAGUCACGCCGUGUACUUGACAAGCUUGAAGGCUUUUGCGAGGCUAUGAACCGACAUGCUGAUCAGUACAACGAAUGGCGCAACAUCAUGAUCAAGCUACUGUCCCAGUCUCUGAUAGACCAAGAAGAGAACUCAGAGCUUGAAGGAAAUGAGUACGAAAAGUCAACUAAACACCAGGAAGAGAUGUACGUCUACAUGGAAGCCCUGCGUGCAAUGUUUGCCGACCGGCAUGAUGCUCUGACCGGCCAGAAGAAUGUCCUCAUUGCCCACGAGGUCAAAAGGGGUACUAUACAGGCUCAAAAAGGCGAGGGUCCUUCCCCGACGCUUUUUCUGUCAGUUAUGAAUACACGCAGCGAAUUUAUUCCUGACCCCGAACUUGGCUCCCUCCGCGGAAUCAUCAGCGAGCUUCGCAGCCUUUCGACUUCACUUGAGUGGCAAGGAAGUGGGGGAAGUGCGAGAGCACGCGCCGAAUCCGAACUUGUCAAUAUGGUGCUCAAUACCACAAGCCAAAUAGCUUCUGAGCAAGCUAAGGUUGCUUCAGGCCUAGAAAGGGAAGUAGAAAUGUUUCGGGAUACGAUGAACAACCGUCUUGAAUAUUAUCGUCAGUUGCAACAGAUCUCGGAUACAGUUGCACCAUAUGACGAAGAGAGCGUUGGGAAGCCCUUGGAUGACGAACUCUUUGAUGACAGAUUGAGAAAGGAAGGUGUCAUAGAUGGAAAGAUUUCUGCCCUAAAGGCAAAACGUCGUUAUCUUAUUCACAUCAGGGAUGAUUCAGGGUCAGAUGAGUCCUCGAGAAUAUGUGUCAUUUGUCAGAUGGGCUUUGAAACUGGUGUCUUGACAAUUUGUGGUCACAAGUACUGCAAGGAUUGCUUGCGCCUAUGGUGGCGCCAACACCGGACCUGUCCUACGUGCAAGAAACGUCUAAAAGCGAAUGACUUUCAUCAAAUUACCUAUAAGCCCCAGGAUUUUGUUGUGCAAGAGGAGAAAACACCAGCCAAGAUAGAGCAUGAACGCUCUUCCAAUAGCCACAUAUAUACGGAUAUAAGCUCCGGGCUUCUGAAAGAGAUCAAAAACAUCGACCUUACCGGCUCUUUUGGCACCAAAGUCGAUACCUUAGCACGUCAUAUUUUGUGGCUACGUGAUCAUGACCCUGGUGCUCAAUCGGUUGUUUUCUCUCAGUAUAAGAACUUUCUCGAAGUUUUGGGCAGUGCAUUCUCCCACUUUAAAAUUGGAUACAGCAGCAUCGAUAAUAAAGACGGUAUAGAAAGCUUCAAGAGUGAUCCUGCAGUUGAAUGCUUUCUUUUGCACGCGAAGGCCCAUUCCUCCGGGCUAAACUUGGUCAAUGCAACCCAUGUGUUCCUCUGUGAGCCACUCAUCAAUACUGCUAUCGAACUUCAGGCUAUUGCUCGUGUGCAUCGGAUUGGCCAACAUCAGCCCACUACUGUUUGGAUGUAUCUUGUUUCCGACACAGUCGAACAAUCGAUUUACGACCUAUCAGUGUCCCGCCGUCUAGAACAUAUCAUCCAAAAGGAAAAGGAAAAAGACGCUCGCUCCUUGGAGAAACAUGGCAAUAAAGAGACUAUGAUCGAAAAUAUUACUGAGACAGCCAUCGACUCAGCAAAUUCGAUGGAAAUAGAAGAUGCAGCACUGUCCAAGCUGAUGGCGGGGGGUGCAUCGGGCGGUGAACUUGUCAAGAAAGAUGAUCUUUGGCAAUGUCUCUUCGGAAACCCCAAUCAGAGGCAAAAGGAAAAUAGUGCUGAAGGCGAUGUCCAUCGAUUUCUGAGAGGCGAAGCAGCAGAAAAAAGGCGAGAAGCUCCUACCUCGUGAUCGAUCAGGAUACCAUAUAGAAGCCGGUCUUGGUGUGCUAUCGGGGUAUGGAUGUGGUGGACUUUGAUUUAUUGCUCUGAC